CUAUAAGACACGUGACUGGCUGUCAAUGAUCAAUUGGGCAAGAUGGCUGGAGAACUGUACCCGCAAGAGUCCAUUCAUAAUUUCAUUGAAAAGAAAGUUAUCAUCGAGAGGCCAGAAAGGUAUGUGUCCAAGUUCAGGCCGGUAGUUAUAGAAGAAUGCAGGCCAACAAAUUACAUGAAAACCAUGGGGCCAACCAGAGUGGAGGUGCCAAUCCCAACUAAUUACCUAAAAAAGCACUCAAAAGAACCUCAACUACCUGAGAUAAAACAACAUGUCAGGAUUAAUUGCACCUGUCCCACCAAAAAACCAGCCGUCCCUUCUGGGCCAUUUCUACCACCUGUUAGCAUCCCAAUCAAGAGGAAGACAACCACGCCGAAGGGGACCAAACAGUCUCCGUGUGUUGUUGACACAAACAAAGGACAUAAGGAGAUUCAUAAUAGAAACUCGGGACUUGUCCCUGUGUACAUAAGGAAAAAGGAUUAUGGAGAGGUACCAAAUUAUUUGAUGCGACGUAAAGCAAAGCAUCAAAAGGCGCUGGAGGAAUACAACAUUAAUUUGAAGAGGCAGGAAGAACACGAAACUAUGAAAUACCUUUCAGACAAGGAGUGUCAAGCCAUCAUUGAGGACCUAAAGAAGAAAUACAAUGAGCUGAAUGUCGAGUACCAGCGCCUCCCAUUUAUAAUUGACACCCCAUCAAUGAAAACACGUAAAGUACGCUUGGAGGUGGAAAUGAAGCAGCUGGAAGACGACAUUAAACUCCUUGACAGGUUGGAGUCCAUCUGCAAAAACAAAUAGCGCAUGGAUGUGCCCAUGGUGUCUUCCAUCCAUGGCAUCUACUGAACUCAAGUUGGGAACAAUUCAAAUGUUGAAAUGUUGAAAUGAUGUGUUGGGAAAUUGCUGUAUGAUUGGUGUCAGAGUUAUAUUCUGUCCUAUAUCAGCAAUCAAAUGUUUGUUACGUCAUAACAGAUGAGUGUUACAUUUCUUAAUGUUGUUCCUACAGAUACUAUAGAGGACAUAUCGUCUCCGAGGCAGAUUUACUUAAAAAAUGUUUUUUUUACAUUCUGCUAAAUGUGGCCUUUGCAAAGUAUUUUUUUUACUCGUUUUUAGGAAG